CCUGAAAUCAAGUGUCAUUUUGAGUGUCGCUGUCACUGCGUUCAAACGUCAACUGGCGCAGCAUGGGCAAGAAGGCCAAAAGGCGCGCGCCUGCGCGCGAAGAAACCCAAACAACCCCGGAGGAGGACCAGGGAAGUUCGCUCCAGCCCCCUGAGGGCGAUGGGCCCGGACAGGGCAGCACUUUGCCCGAACCUCCGACCCCAGGGGGCCCCCAGGACGCGCCCAAACGCCCCAAGCGGCAGAGCGCGCUCCCAGGCCAAGCGACAGCUGACAGCAACCGCCCCUCCAGAAACUCGGAUUUGUCCUCGGACUCGAGCGAAAACGCGGAAGAAACACCGUCAGAGACCAGGGAGCGGAAGUCACUCAAGGGCGCCAAGCAGAAGCAGAAGGAGGCGAAAAAAGCGGCGAAAAAGGGGCGCAAGCCCCCCAAAGCCAAGGAGGAGAAGCCGGGCGACGGCGCCCCUGGAGAGCUGAAGAAGCGUCUGGACGAGCUGAAGAAGGCCGCCCGCGACCUGGGAGUGGACGACGCCCUGCUCGCCACUAACGUUGCCCUGUUGCAGGCGCCCAAGAAGAAAUCCUCCAAGAAGGACAAGGCGAAAAUGAGCGCGGAGGUGGCCGAGAAGCUCAAGGCCGACAUGGAGGCGCAAGCCAAAAGGCUGGAGGAGCUGAUCCAGAGGAAAAAGGAGGAGGAUCGCCUGGCGGCGAUCGAGAAGGACAAGCGCGAGACCCUGGAGCAGGGCUGGCGCGAGGAGCAGCUGCAGGAGACCCAGGAGCAGAUCCGGGCCAUCCUGGACCACCACGCCCUCAGCGGCCAGCAGGAGAAGGCGGUGAUCGACUGGAAGAACUACCUGGAGUGCGGCAAGCUGCCCAGCCCGGCCAUGUGCGACCAGAUGAACACCUACCUCCAUCUAUGGGCGCUCGACCUGGACACCACCACCAUCGAGGGCGCAUCCGCCCGCACGUCCGACGCCAUUCAGCUCAUGGACGCCCUGGACGAGCUGAUUGACACCAGUCAUCCGACGGACCCAAAGUUGGCCAACUGGAAAUGGAUCGGCGGACUGUUCCGCCAAUACCAGGCGGCCAGCCUGGACGUGGCCACCUACCGGCUGCUGCGCAACGUCGAGCACAACCUCAAUCGCCUCAACAUCGCGACGGCGGACUUCCACUUCAAGGACGACCACGUCACUAUGAGCCUCUGGCUCAGAGUGAUGCUCCCCGUGCCGCUCCCCAACCCGCGCCGACCACCCAAGCCACGCCCCGACAUCGCGUUCGAGCCCCUGCAGAUGGCCGCCCUGCUGCCGCCCACCGUCGACUGCGACGGCGCCGCCAUCCGCGCCAUGUACCAGAAGUACGACCAUCUGAGCGACCUGAGCGCCACCUAUGCGCUGCCGCCAGCACCUCCGGACUAUGCCAUGGACCUGCUGGCCAUCAUCAGGAAGGAGUGGCGCGUCCAGCUGCAGUACAAGUACGACAACCGCGACGAUCCAGCAAAAACAGUCGCUAGGCAGGAGAAUGUUGAGUGGCAAGUGGGGGAGGAGGAGCCGGGGGAAAUCCCAGUGGUGCCCUUCAAGCAGCUGAAGCCCACCGCCAGCGACCACGCCCUGUGGGUGGAAGACCAGCUGUACGAGGCCGCCAGGCAAAACAUGCGCGUGGACGCGCCCGAUCACGUGAUCAAUCUGCGGCGCCUGGUGAUCCUGGGCGGGGUUUUCCACCUGAACCUGCUGGCGCAGCCGCCGCAACCGCAGGACUUCGUCACCAUGGACCUGACACUCACCACCCUGUCCCUGCCCAAACAGCUGGAAACGCUGCCCUUCCGGGUGGUCUACACCCCCUACGUUCCCGCGGAGGCUCCCAGCAGCUCGUCGACCAGCGUGCGCAAGCUGCCCGAGGAGCUGGAGGAGGAGCAGAAGCGGCAGGAGGAGGAGCUGGACAAGCUGAUCGCCAUCAGCCUGAAGUGGCCGCCGCAUGUGAUUUUUCUGGAACUGCCGGUGGUGUGCCGGUGGGACGACGCCACCAACCAGUGGUCGACUGCGGAGAUUCACGACGUGAAGCACAACGAGGACAAGUGCACGUUGAGCUUCCGCACCGGGGUGUUUGGCGUCUACGGGUUGGCCACCUGCCGCUACGCCAACCUGCCGUUUCAAGCCUACGACAUCAAGCCCGAGAUGGACGAGUCGGUGACAGUGCAACUGACAGCCGCCAUCCUGAUGCUGGAGUUCAACGUCAAAAACGGCCUGAUCGCCAUCACGCAGCUGCAGAACAGCCCCAACAUGACGCUGCAGGACUCCGUGGGACUUUAUAUGAAGCUGCAUCGGCUCAAGCGGCUGAUGAAGGAGGCAGGCAUCGACAUUUUCCCCAGCUUUGACGCCUUUUGCUACGUGGACGGCUGCAGCGAGAAGCAGUGGCCGAUGGAGCAGCACCUCUACUUCAACGUGGCGCAGAUUUCCGGCUGUUUCAAUUUUGCGUGGUCGCGCUGGAACCUGCAGGCGGGCAGGCGCAAAAUCGUCCUGCAAAUGCGCCCCUACGCCCCCGAUAAGGGCAGCAAACAGAAGAACCAUCAGACGCUGCUGGUGACGCCGCUGCGCGCCGCCUUCAUCGAUUGCACCGAAGUCAGCCAGGCGUUCAACGAGCAGGAGGUGGAGUCGUUGAAGGUGAGCGAUGCGCCCAUCACCUGUCUGUCAGUCAGUGACAGUGUUUUGGCAGUUCUGCGCAGACCUGUACCACUUGAUGGCGACCACCAGUGGCAUCUUCGUGCGCAACAAGGUGCGCAGCGCCUGUCCGCUCAACGUGCACGCGCUGGCGCAGCUGCUGCUCUCCAUCCGCGUGCUCAGCUUCUCCUAGAAACCAGCCAGAAAUAAAAAACACUGUUGCAAGCAA